AAUUGUGCGAGGAAACAUCCUCUCCCUCCACUGUUUCAGCUUCAAGACUUGCAUUUCCAUGCAGUUGAAGACUUGCUUUUCGAUGACUCGCUCAUUUUCCACACGCUUAUUCUUGCCGUCUUUCAAGGGUUGGACUAUCUAUCACUUGGUAGUAUUUCAAGAAACUUUGCUUAAUUCAUUAUGUCAUGAUUUUCCACCAUUCUGAGCUCUUCAUAGAAGAAAUUAAUAUGAGUCUCUUUAUCCACUUAGCUCUCUGGUCAUUGCUGGUUACUGCUGCUUUUAGUACUGAGACAGAUAUUGCUUGCCUGAAGUCUAUUAAAGAUUCUUUUGAAGAUCCUCGAAAUAGCUGGAAGUAUUCAUGGAACUUGAACAACAAUACUGGAGAUUUCCUCUGUUAUUUUAAAGGAGUUGAUUGCUGGCACGAGGAUGAGAAUAGAGUCUUAAAUCUCCAUUUGGUGAACUUGGGGCUCAGAGGCAACUUUCCUAGGGGCAUAGAGAACUGUACCAGCAUAACAGGUUUAAAUCUUUCAGGCAAUCAACUCUCAGGCACAAUCCCAUCUGAUAUAUGCAACAAAAUCCCAUAUAUAUCUGUACUUGAUCUCUCCAACAACAGUAUCUCUGGUGAAAUCCCUUCUGGUUUUGCAAACUGUUCUUAUCUUAAUGUCCUCAGACUCGACAACAACCAGCUAACAGGGCAAAUCCCAGCACAAAUUAGCUUGCUUUAUCGAAUCAAGAGCUUUAGUGUCGCUAACAAUCUCUUGUCUGGGCCGGUACCUAACUUUAGAUUCACUGUUGAGGCUGAUAGUUUUGCAAAUAAUUCAGGACUCUGUGGACGACCAUUGGAUCCUUGCCUUCGCUCUCCUCCAAAUGAGUUCUCUUUUUCCUUCAUCACAGGGUUUGUGGUUGGUUAUAUGGUUGCUAUAGCUUUGGUUUUGUAUCUUUAUUUUUGGUUUUCUAUGUCCAAAAGGUCUAAGAAGAAAUCGAUGGAGAAGAAAAUCAAAAAGGGAAGACAACCAAUUGAUGGAAGAAGGAUGGAUAUAAAGAUGUCUACACUGGAAAGGCUGGUUACCAGAAUGAGUUUCAAAGAAAUUUGUGAGGUAACUUCAAACUUCAGCAAAGAGAAUGUCAUCGGUUUAGGAAAUAUGGGAACAAUGUACAAGGCAACACUUCCAAAUGGUUGGUUUCUUGCUAUUAAGAGGCUGCAUAACUCCCAACAUUUCAAGAAAGAAUUUGUCACUGAGGUCAUGACUCUGGGUAGGUUGAGACACAGUAACUUAGUGCCCCUACUAGGUUUCUGCAAAGACAAGAAGGAAAUGCUUCUGGUGUACAAAUACAUUUCAAAUGGAACCCUCUUUGAUUGGCUACACCAUGUCAAUGCUAUUGAUUGGACUUUAAGGGUUAAAGUGGCCAUUGGGCUUGCAAGAGGAUUGGCUUGGAUUCAUUACAACCCCAGUGUUCAGGCAGUCCAUCUUAACAUAAACUCUAAAUGCAUCUUACUUGAUCAGAAAUUUGAGCCCAAAUUAUCGAAUUUUGGUGGAGCACUGUUCAUCAAUCCAAAUGAAACUCAAUCAACAAGGGACUUCAUUGUGAAUAGAGAAUUCUGGGAUAUUGGCUUUGUUAAGAAGGAUGUUCACAGCUUUGGGAUGAUUCUUCUUGAGCUAAUCACAGGGAAAGAUCCUUGCAGGAUCAUAAAAUCUUUCAGCAUAUUUAAUAAGACUCCAAAAGAAUUGACCACUGAUCUCUCGACAAGUUCUUCUGGGUUCUAUGAUGCUAUUGAGAAAUGUAUUGUUGGGCAAGGAAACGAUGGGGAGAUCUUUCAGGUCCUGAGAAUUGCAUGUGACUGUGUUCAAGAUUUUCCAGAUCGAAGGCCAACAAUGCUUCAGGUGUAUCGAGCAUUAAGAGCUAUUGGAGAGAGACAUGGCCUCACCGAUGAUUCUGAUAUGUUGUCGCAAACUGAAAUUGCCAUGUUUAAGUUUGAUUUGAAAUAACAAAGGCCUAGUGAAGCAUCAUUAAUGUUAUAUGAGUACUAAUGAACUUUAUUUCAAUAAUAUUGUAAUCCUCUCUAGAAUUGUGAGCUCUUGAAUUCCGGAUGUAUUUCGCAAGUAUACGGGUCAUAUCUAAUAAUAAAGUGAUAAGUCAAGUAUCGUUCCCACGAAAA